GCCAAGAAGAAAGAAAGGCGUCCGGCGAUCCCCCGUCGCCAUCGCUGCCGUCCCUCCAAUCCUGCCCCGUACUCCUCUCUCAGAAUGGAAACAGAAGGAAGGAAGGAGCAAAUGGAAAAGCAAAGCACAAGGAACCAUACUACAACGAAGGAGCGACUGGAGGAUGGGAUGCUAGCGAAGGGAAACCACACACUUUUUGGACAGUAUAUGGGUGCCGCCUAGCAGUGGCCACAAGCCAUUCAGGUUUGCUUUUUUUGGGUUGUCUCUAACUGGCAUGAAGUUCAGGUGAUUUAAAAUUGUUGUUUUCGACCUUUUGCUUCUCUGGUUAACACAUUGGGGGAAGAAGGGACUCUGUGUGCAUGAGAAACUAUGUUUACUAAUUUUAGUACAUCUAAAAAUAGUUUGUCCAAAAUUAGUUUCCUUUAUCGUAACACUUGUCAAAAACAAGCAUAAUCUUUAAAUAUAUAUGGUCUAUGGUCAUCUGCCCACCUUCUCUUAUGGCAUCUUUUACUGACAGAAUAUGGUCUAAAUGACUAUAACCCGAGCCAAAAUUGUGAUGCUAUUGAUCCAACCACACAAAAACCCGACCUGAUGAAAACCCAAAACACAAGUUGACCCUGGUCUAACCAAGUCAUCCUGCAUUCUGAGACUUCAUCCUCAAGCACUGUUUUACAGCAUUUUCUCAUACCAAAAUAUUAUAGCCAUUUGGCUGUCAUGUAUUGGACCAUUAAUGUGUUCUAGUUGGCCCAUGUGUGUAUUCUAGUUUGUGCCCAUUUGGCCCAAGUGGUCUUUUAUUGUGGUAUUAGUCCCACGCAGAGAGUUUAGAUAGGUUUGAUCCACCGUAUAAACAACCCACACAUUCCAUGUUCCAACCAUAAUUCCUUGUAGUUAAUCCUUUUCAUAAAGCAGGGAAGAGAGUGUAAGUAGGAUGCUAGGCCUAUGUGGCCCUACUCCUUGGGUAGGUUUGGUUAAUGCAGAUUUUGGAGUGUGUGACAGCUUUCAUUGAUCAUGCACAUAAUCUCAUGGACCUAUUGCUGGGAAUAUAUAUUAAUGUUAACUGUUCAUGCAAAUACUGUCUAGCAAUUGCCAUUGUCAUCCACAUGUGCAGGUGCAGCAUUUCUUUACCACUUCUUCACACUCAUUGAUCACCUUGGUGAUUAGAUAGGAAAGUUUAUGAAAUCAAAAUGUAGCAUUAUACUUCUCAGUUCUCAAAAGGAUGACGUUUUGGACAUGAGAUAAUCUCUAAUGCACAUGUUUUAUCAAUUAUCAUUUCAUUCUCUAACCAUACAUUUAUAAGAAGUAUUAAAAAUAUAAUUAUAUGAAAGAUCUUUUUCUAGACAAAUCUACUAACGGUUUCACAUUUUAAAUCCUGGUAUUUCUGUAGCUAUUAAUGAUUUAAGAUUUUGAGGUUUGACUGCACGUAUUCUAGGACGCUAUCCUUCCUGAACAGGUUAGUAUACCACUUUUUUGCAAUCAGUUAUUUCAUUCUUUGCGUGUUAUUGAUCACCACUACUGACCGCAAUGUAGGUAUGUCAUGCUUAGCGGCUUAGCACAUUUUUUAUGCCGUUUCCCUUUCUGAACUCUAUAAAUUAAGAGGCGCACUCAGUUUUACUCUCGUAGAGAUACUCAGUCUUGCAGACUUAAAAGUUGUUGGCAGACAUGGAUUGCCAUGUGUUCAUGGAAAUUCAAGGUGCCUGUUGCUAUAGCACCAGAUGUAUGGUAUCACCUUAACCACCAGUGCAUGAUCAACUUGCCAUCAAAGGCUGGUGGGCUGUUUAGCUCUCUCAUGUUAUCAUAUUUUCUCCUAUGCCAUGACCUGAGGUACACAGUUCAUAAUUCAGCUUCUGUUUAUAUUUGAUAGACAUAAUUAACAUGGUCGCUUUAGUAGCCAAGAUCAAUAUGAAUUUGUGCUACAGCAUGUCUGCGGAUGUUGAUGGCUAAAUUCAACAAAGAUGCAUGGCUAGUUAUUUGGUUGAAAGGCAUUUCAAUGGCUCAAGGAGACACUGGCAAGAAGGCAAUGCCCCAGGCAGAAAACAGAGAGAUUGCUGCAAAGGAUGCACAGGACAUAAGAAGACAAGCAGAUGAAUUUAACUCUUGGUUGGCCAGGAUGGAAGCUAUGGAUAGCCAAGAGUUGAAGCAGUACAAAGAACAAAAUAAGGACACAUUUAACAGCCAGAAGAAAGAUGCGAUAAAGAAGAUUCAGCAAAAGGAGAAGAAGAAGAGAAAGAGGACUGUGCUGAGCCCAAUCCUUGGUGCUGUCAUGAAAUUUCAUAGAGAUGAUGACAUGGAUCCUUCAGCUGCAGGACCGGCGCUUUAAAAGGAUGGUGGUCUGACCGAUCAUGGAUCAAACAAGAAUCUAGCGUCUAUCAUACUUGGAUAGGUAAAUGAUGGUGGUACGGCAUGAUUUGUUGACCUCUGAAACUUAAGUGUACUGUUGUCACAUGUGAGAGCUUUGCAACGUUGUAAUCUUGAAAUCUUUACUCCUAUAAACAUUUCCAAUGGUGGUGGUGGUGACUGGUGACGGUAAAUUUGUUAUCCACCCUAUCAACUCUAUGAUUUUUAAAAGAAAAAAAUAAUUG